AUGGAAUAUAAACUGGAGUUAAUGGUGCUUCUUGUGCUGCUGAUCACAGCUUCAUCUGUCGGCCUGAGGAGAGAAGAAUUUACUGAAGCAGUGGCAUAUUUAAGGAAGUACGGCUAUCUGCACAUCCCACUGGACAGUAAAGGCCAAAACCAUCCAGCUGAGGAGAUAGUGGAAGCACUAAGAAUCUUUCAGAAAGCAACGAACCUUCAAAUAUCAGGAAAACUAGAUUCAGCCACUCUGGCGAUGAUGAACAGACCUCGGUGUGGACUGGAAGACUCUUUCAAUAACAAAUCUCUCAAAUAUCGAGUCAUGGGCCACUGGCGUAAGAAGAUGCUGACCUACAGGAUCUACAAUUACACCCCUGACUUGGGUCAGAGUAAGACCCGUUUGGCCAUCCAGAGUGCUUUUAAGUACUGGAGUGAUGUGUCACCUUUAAAGUUCAAGGAGCUGCAGCGAGGAAGAGCAGACAUCAGGAUCUCCUUUCACAGAAAAGACAAGUCGUGUCCAGUUCCCUUUGAUGGACGAGGUCAUGUUUUGGCCCACGCUGAUGCCCCUGAGUCAGGCAUUGUGCAUUUUGACGAAGAUGAAGUGUGGACAGAAGGAAAGAACUCCGGCUCCAACCUGAGGAUCGUUGCAGCCCACGAGAUAGGCCACGCUCUCGGCCUGGGACACUCACAACACUACAGCGCACUGAUGGGACCUGUUUACAAUGGAUACCGCUCAGACUUCAAGCUACAUCCGGAUGACAUACGAGGGAUCCAGGCUUUAUAUGGAAAGCCGGGGAAGACUCCUCCGCCCAGAAAGCCAAGUCACAUUGUACCAGGAGGUAUUCCAAAUCCUUGCAAGGCCACUCUGGAUGCAGUGAUGCUGGGUCCUUUGCGGAAGACAUAUGUCUUCAGUGGUCAGUACGUGUGGACGAUGUCCAGCUCUGGCUACAACACUCCCGUCCUGAUCUCUGCACUGUGGAAGGAGCUGCCAGGGAGCCUCAAUGCAGCUGUUCACUCUCAGCGGACCAGCAAAUCUUAUUUUCUGAAAGAUGACAAAGUAUGGAGAUACUCAAGCUUCAAACUUGACCACGGAUUCCCUAAACGCCUGGCCAACAUUCCUGCUAAUAUUGAUUCAGCCUUCUACUUCAAUAAGAACAAAAAACUUAUCUUUUUCAAAGGCUCUGGAUACUGGCAGUGGGAUGAAAUUGGCUCGACAGACUUCAGCUCAUAUCCCAAACCUAUUGGACAGCUCUUCCACGGGGCUCCCAGUAACACUGAUGCUGCGUUCACAUGGACAAACGGCCACAUAUACUUGUUUAAAGGCACUCAGUACUGGCGUGUAAACCAGCACCACCGAGCAGUGGAGAAGGCCUACCCUCUGAGCAUCGCCGCACGCUGGAUGCAGUGUGACGACUGAGCCACAAGAGGACACCGGGGAUUCAACACAAAUGUGACCCUGCAGAAUGAUUCAGUAUAAAAACAGAGAGAUGCUUAUUUAUUUGAAGGAAUUAGAGUAUUAUUAUUUUUUGGAAACACAGGCUGCAUGAAAUCAACACAAAUAAUUUGUAUUUUUUUGUUUAUAUUAUUAUUUAAAAAGUAGUUAUUCACAUACAUGCAAUAGAAUAAGACAAACUAAGACUUGGGUCUGUGUGAUUCAGUAAGAUUAAAUGUUGUUAUCCAUUGACAAGGUGUUUACAAUAGCUUUUUCACAUCAGACAUUUUGACUGUCAUUGUAGGAAAAGCACAGUUGUUGCUAAUAAUGUUAAUGAUUGCUUUAUUAUUAUUUACGCCUGUGCUUUCCCCCAGUCAUGUCUUGCAUGUGAAAAGCCUGUUGCAAGGACUAUUGAAUAACAGUAAGCACCCGCACACCUGCGAUUCACCUCAACCAGAACCAUAUUUAAAUCGACAUCUGCCUCAUUCUCAUGUUAGUUUUGUUGCAGCUGUGUGAAACAACUCACAUCUUUGAAUUCUUAUCAGAACAUCCUCUUAAAGCCUCACAGCUGUAAAGUCCUUAAUAAACGUCAGUUCUUAAUAUUUCUGUUUUAACAUUUCUUUCGCAGAGAACAACCAGAGUUGAAAAUUAAAUGUGUAGGCUGUCUAUUGUUUUCAAAUAAACUAAUCAAAUGAAACUAAAAUCAAUACUUGUGUCACCUCUGAACAACUUCAACCUCAGCCAGAGCAAAACAAAUGAAACUGAGAACACUCGUGUGGGUGCGCAGGGACUUGUGGCUAAAAGAGAUUUUUUUUCAAAGAUGAAAUAACACCUGCUUCCUCUCAGUACACUCAAUGGUUUUGCUGCUGUACUUAUGACAGCUAAUGUUAGUCAGUGUUAGCAAACUUAAGAUGGGUUUUGUUUGUGGAGUAACUGCCAUCACUGACUGUUAAAGGAGCAGUAUUUAUGUCAGCUGUGGCUCAGGAGGUAGAGCGGGUCGUCCUCUAAUUGGCAGUUAGAUCCCAGGUUUCUCCUCUGUCUGCAUGUCGAGGGAUAUCUUUGGACAAGAUACUGAACCCAAAUUGCUCCUGAUUGGUGUGUGAGUGCAUUUAUACUGAUUUGUACCUUGGCCACUGGUGUGUGAAUGGGUGUGAAAAGGUGAAUGUGAGUCUGUUGUGUAAAAGUGCUUUCAGUGGUCAGAAGACUAGAAAGGUGCUGUACAAUUCAAGUCCAUAUUUAGGAUUAAGUGGCAUCUAGCAGUGAAGUUGCAGAUUGCAAUCAACUGAAAACCCCUCUGCUCACUCCUCCCUUUCCAUACGGAGUUGAACCUAUGGUGGCCUUCAGAUAACAUAAAAACCUGAAAGCAUGGACAUAUAAAGAGAACUUGAUACAGCUUUAGAAGCAAGGCUCUGUCAGUCUUAUGAAAGUUGCUGAGUGGCACAUUAAGCUAAAAAAGUUUGACUUCCUGGGUAUAAAAUUACCCAGAUCUUCCACAUUGUUGGGCCCAUAGAGCAAGCGUACCAGAGAUUUCAGCUGGCCAAGCAGCUAACUUCCCUUAAAUAGGGAUAAAAUGAUUUAAUUGUGCAGCUGUUCUAGACUUUUGAAAUGUUAUCAGACUGAAGUGAUCAAAUCCCAAUAGUGAAAUGAGUCAUUUCAUGAGGGUUGUGAUGCUCGAAGAAAUUCAUUCAGUGAUUGACAGACGUCUCUUUUACGAUGUAAGACGCUGUGAGUGGCUGCAAUGUCAAAUUGGCUUCAAAGCCCAGCGCUGUUACUUGGGGCUUGCAUGCAAGGUUCUGUCUUGUGUUUGGUAUGUCCAAUCUGGGCUACUGUAGAAACAUGGCGGUGCAACAUGGCGGGCUCCAUGGAGGAGGACCUGUUCCCUAUGUAGAUACGAGAUACUCUUUAUAAACUAACACAAGUAUUAGUAGUUUUGGGUAAUUAUACACUAAUGAAAACAUAAUCAUAAGUAUUUUAUUCCAUUUUCUGCCAACAGAUCCCCAGAAAUCUAUAGAUUGCUCCUUUAAUUAUUGCUUUUGGUGUAACACAGUCUUGCUUUUAGACACAUUAGACAAAAACAACACGCUAUCAAGCUGUCUUAUUC